CACACGCCUAAGUCAACAACAAUUGCUAUAGCUGCUGCUAGUUGACUCUUUUUUUCAUAGCUCUUCAUUUCUUGAGUUACCCUUUUUGACUCCUCUAUAACCCCACACCCCUUAGCCUGUGGUGCGAGUCUCUUUCCCCUUAAAGAGCUCAGAAAACAGGAUAAAGAUUGCCAAUUGUGAGAUUGCUAUUGCUAAUUGCUAGUAAAAUCUCCAGUUUCCAUUUCAAUCUUAACCACUCGUAACUUCUCCACAGAAUGGUCAACGUUUUCAACGUCCAGAUCUUCUUUGUGGUCUUCAGAGAAGCAUUGGAAGCCGUGAUUGUGGUUUCGGUGCUUCUCGCCUUCUUGAAGCAAGGUUUAGGAGGUGCUUCUGACGACCCCUUGGUCUACAAAAAACUUGUCCGACAGGUUUGGAUCGGCGCAGGGCUAGGUGUCCUAAUCUGUUUAAUUAUCGGUGGUGCUUUUAUUGGUACUUUCUACGGUUUGGGUAGGGAUAUCUGGUCUAAGUCUGAAGACUUGUGGGAAGGUAUCUUUUGUAUUAUCGCUACGGUCUUGAUUUCGGUAAUGGGUAUCCCCAUGCUUCGUAUCAACAAGAUGAAGGAAAAGUGGAGAGUUAAGUUAGCCCGUGCUUUGCUUAAGAAGCCAUCUUCCAGAGCUGAAAAGUGGAAGAUUGGCUACUUGACUAAGAGAUAUGCUCUUUUCUUCUUGCCAUUCAUCACCUGUUUGAGAGAAGGUUUGGAAGCCGUAGUGUUCGUAGGAGGUGUCGGUAUUUCCGAGCCUGCCAGUUCUUUCCCUCUUCCUGUUGUCUGUGGAUUGAUUGCUGGUAUUGUAGUUGGUGUCUUGUUGUACUACUUCGGCUCCAGUGUCUCGUUGCAGAUCUUCUUGGUCAUCUCCACUUGUAUCUUGUACUUGAUCGCCGCUGGGUUGUUUUCCAGGGGUGUUUGGUUCUUUGAAAACUACAAGUACUCCCAGCAAACCGGUGGUGAUGCUGCUGAAAACGGUUCUGGCCCAGGUACCUACGAUAUCGCCAAGUCUGUAUGGCACGUGAACUGUUGUAACCCUCUUACCGAUCACGGUUGGGAUGUGUUCAACGCUUUGUUGGGCUGGCAAAACUCUGCUACAUACGGUUCUGUCAUUUCCUAUAACAUCUACUGGCUCGCUGUCAUUGCUGUUCUUGUAUUGAUGUACUACGAAGAAAAGACUGGCCACUUGCCAUUUGCCAAGGGAUUGACUCUUGGUAAGUUGAACCCUAUGUACUACGUCAAGGGCAAGAAGAAGGACGAGUUGACCCAGGAAGAGAAGGAAGAAUUAUUUGAACAGGUUAAGCACAAGAAGUUGGUCUCAGGCAGCGGUGCAGAAGAAGAAUUGUCUUUGACCGACAAGGAAGCAAAGUAAAUGUACUCUAGCUAGAAUCCUAUAGGAUGGCUCAAAGUUUUGGCACACACACACACACUAUAUAUAUGCCAAAACCGGAGGCUGCUUCUACGGAAUGACUAUUGUACAUUUUCUUUCGUUGCUUGUCACAUUUCAUGAAUUAAGGGAUCCAUUAAACUAUUUUUGUUAACUUAUAAUUAGAGCCGAGUCAUCUUUUUCGACGAUUUAUUAAGGGGUUGAUACUUCGUCGUUCGUUGGGAAUUUUUAUUAUUUAAUACAUUUCAUGGGGU